CCCUCUCUUCGGUCCUUCCGCCAGUUUCCACUAUAUCUGACUCUUCCAUCUGAGGAUCUGCUCCUCUGUUCCCUGUUAUCAGUUCUGAGGAGGAAAGUCGACUUCCACCCCUCUGGCAGCCAACCCCUCUCCUCCGCAGCAGGCAGCUAGUUGACGAUGAAGCUCUCUCGGCAACAGUCUCCAGCGAAGUAGCCAAUUUUCAUUCGGUCUGCUGCUCCAAGAAUAGAAGCUAAUCUCAAUUAGACUUCAAGUUUCAGCGAUUUGAUUGUACACCCACGUUGUUUGGGUUGUCUCACUUGGACUAUAAGGAGGGCUUUCAAGCCUCUCUUCCAAAUUGGGGAUGUAGCUUCCUCUUCUGGUUUUGCCUCAGUUCUAUUGCUAGUCUUCGAUAUCUAGCUAAGUCUGACCCUCUAUAGUCACAACUCACAUCUUCCCAGUAUUUAUCAUGAGUGUUCUGUGUUGGAACUGUCGUGGCUUUGGUUCUUUACUUACUUUUCGUACUUUGAAAGGUGUGGUUCGUAGUCGUCGGCCUAAUGUUGUUGUUCCUUUGUGAAACCAAGUGUUCAGCGGAUGCCGCUUCUUCGCGUGUUGCUGACUUAGGCUUUGUUGAUAGUUUAGCUGUAGGAUCUCACAACAGUUCUGGCGGUUUAGUUGUUGCUUGGUCGGAUGUUGUUUCUUGUUUCAAGCAGGGUGAUUCUAACUUCUUCAUUUCUGUUGUAUGUGUCCACCCAAUUCUUGGGACUGCAUUGUACAUAUUUGUUUAUCUCUCUUGUGACUUCAAUGUUCGCUCAAUUUAACUUAAUGAUAUAUCUCGUCUUAUUUCUUCUUCAUCCUUACCGUGUGUGGUGUUUGGCAAUUUCACUUGUCUUGCUUUUGCCCAUGAAAAAAAAGGAAGGAAUAUGUCGUCCCCUCAAGCGCUUGAUCAACUUCGUUAUUUCAUUGCAGGCUCUUCUCUAGUGGAUCUCGGGUUUGAGGCUCUUCUCUAACCACCAUUCAGCUUCCACGCACAUACUAGAACGGUUGGAUCGUUGUUUGGGUUCGGAGUCAGCAGUCCUUUCUUGGCCGACAAUCAAAGUCUUGCAUCUAUCAGAUACAGCCUCUGAGCAUCGUAUGCUAUUGCUCCAACUUGAACAGCCGCUUCCUCGACCAAAGUUUCCUUUCUUCUUCGACUCUCGUUGGGCUGUCAAUCCGGAAGCUCAACUUCUGGUUUCUCAGUUUUGGACUUUGAUAGUGGAGGGAUCUCGACAAUUCAAAUUAUUCUUGCAGCUUAAAGCAGUUCGACACCAGUUGGUUGGUUGGGCUUCUGUAGGGACUUCCAAUUCUGCCCGUCUCAUUCAUGAUUUGAAGGUAUUUAUUGAACAAGUAAAACUUAUUAGUCCCAUUGAUUGGGCUCAGGUUGGUCAGCUAGAACUGGAUCUUUCACAAGCUUAUCGUUAAGAAGAAUUGUACUGAAAGCAAAAGUCUCGUAUUCAUUGGCUUCGUGGAGGGGAAGCCAACACUAGGUUCUUUCAUUCUACUACUAUACAGCGGCGUCGCCGAAAUACUAUUUCAUCCCUCCGUGACGAGCAUGGAGUUCUUCAGAUAGCGGGCAUCUUCUUCAAAAAUUCAACCAUACCUGGUUAGUUCUUAUUCCUAAAAUUCCGGCAGCUGACACAAUGCGGCAGAUGUGUCCGGUUAGCCUUUGUCAAACAGUUUAUAAAUUCAUUGCGAAGCUCCUCACCCUUCGUCUCCGUGAUUGCUUACCUGAGAUUGUCAAUCCUUCGCAGAAUGGCUUCACCAAAGGGAGGUUGAUUACUGAUAACAUUCUCUUGGGGCAAGAAAUUUUGCAUUUUCUAAAGCUUAAAUCGAGGUGUCAAGAUCGUUGGAUGGCACUUAAAUUAGAUAUGAAAAAAGCAUAUGAUCGUGUUGAGUGGAGUUUCUUGUGGUUUUGCUUUCGGACAGCCCGAAAAAAAGAACGAAGAGAUCUGGGUAAGAUUUUUGUUUGUUCUUGGUUUAUUUGUGCGCUUUAGGGUUCUGACCCGUUUUUGUUUUGAAUGUUUGGGGAUGGCUCGUUUUUCCCUAUGGAUUUCAUUAUAGAUUCAUCAUCUCAUUUCUGAUGGUUUGCUUUAUUCUGAUGCAGGUUUCGAAAUGGGGGAGCCUAGGUGAUAUCUACAUGAUCAUUUUUUGCUUAUUAUUGUUUUAAUUAGCUUAUGCCGAUCUAGUUAGGCUAGGGUGUUUUGCCGUUGAUGAAUCCAAGUCUUGAGUUAGAGAUGUGCUUUGCUUUGACAUGGAUUCUGAGGUUUAUUUGCUUCUUUAUGGUUUUUAAAAAAGAACAGAAGUUUUGUUGAUUUUUGUCUAGUACAAUGAUAUUAUUAUAAGCUAAAAGCUAUUCACUAUCAUAACAUAAAGUUACAGCCACUGCUCGUAACUAAUUGAAAUAGUUAAGCUCUUGCUAAGUUUGGAGAUUCACUGCUUUAUUAUACUACUUAUGAUUUUUAUAUUGAUCGUGUUUUAUUGUUUUGAGUAAAGGUUGGGAAUGGUUUUCGGUGUUGCUUUUACAUAAGACUUAGCAUAUAAUCUAAAAGCUGAAAUAAAAGCAAGGCAAAAAGUAAUGGGAACAUAUAUGGUUUUGCUUAUAGCUUUGCUUAUGGAGAUUUUAUUAUUAGGAGUUCUAAUAUAUGUCUAACUAUAAGCUACCUUUCGCAUCAUAAAAGAAACACAGAUCUGAUGGAAUAACAACUUUGCUUGCUUUUGAUGAAAAAGUAAGUAUGCAACAGUAUAUUAGCUUAACUGAAAUGGCAAAUAUGCAGAAGUAGUAGAAAAACUAAACUUAAUCACAACUCUAAUCAUAUCUUUCUCUGCAUAAAGAACAUCAAUAAGCUUCACUUUCUUCUGUAGAUUUCAUGCCAAGUUUAAUGGUCCAUCCUAUUCAUAUAUAUACCAGAUUUGGAUAGUAUUUGGUGGUAGAAAACCAACCUGUUAUGUGAAGACUGGUUUCCUUUGCGGUUGAAUCUCUACUACUUCUUUGUUCUUUGAAUUCUGCCUUUGCUUCUGCUUGAUGCUGCUGCUGCUACUCUCUUUUUGUUCUACGACCUCAAUCCUUCUCUGUUUCUUUUCUCCUCUCUUUAGUUUUGGUCACCCCUCUCCCCCUUUUUUGGUCGAAGAGACCUCCUUUUGUAUCUAAAUUUUACUGUUCAUUUUUGCUUGUUGUCAAUGUUUAGUUAGUCCUUGAAAAGGUGGUCGUCCUACUCUUCUCAGGAGGUAGCAGUCAUGAUUUGUGCAUGAAUUUUGUUUUACUUCUUUUUGUUGCAGCUUGUUGUGUGGUGAGCCUUGAGUGGCCCUUUGAAGAGGUGGCUGACACCGACUUGCAGGAGGAAGCAGGCUUUUUCUUGCUUUCUUUUGCCACUCUCUACUUGCAGGCGAUUGAAUGGCUAUGUUUCCAAGUUUUGGUGGGCUGAUCAAGACCAUGAUGAUGGCUUUCAUUGGACGUCCUGGAAGACGCUUUGUCACAGCAAGUUUGACGGUGGCCUAGGAUUUCGGGAUUUUGAGCAAUUUAAUGUUGCCAUGCUCGCUAAACAAGUUUGGAGGAUGCUUCGUCAGCCUGAUUCUCUCCUUGCUCGGAGAUAUAAGGACAAGUAUUUUCCUUCUACUUCUCUUCUCCAUGCCCGGGCUGGCUAUCGGGCGUCAUGGGCGUGGCAAGGAAUACUUGCAGGGCGUGAUUUGCUGAUUCGAGGACUGAGAUGGCAGGUAGGUACAGGGAGUUCCAUUCUUGUUAGUGAUGAUAACUGGCUGCCUACCAGUACCACUCCUCCCUCUAGUCCUAAGCUGUUACCUGGUUGUUAUCCUGCUUCUCCUUUUGUUUCUUCUUUGAUUGGUCAAGAUACAGGAGAAUGGUGCUUAUCUUUGUUGCAAGUUCUCUUUGAUGUAUCUACUGUUAAGCUUAUUCUCUCAAUUCCUCUACCACAGACAUCCAAUUGAAGACAAACUCCAUCUGGCACUAUGAUCCUACUGGAGAAUAUACAGUGAAAUCUGGUUAUCGCCUAGCAUUGGCAGAAUCUAGCUAUGAUCCUUCUCCCCUUCCCGCUCCGUUUGAUUUUCGUUUUUGGAAGUAUCUGUGGGCAUUACCUAUGCCACCUAAACUGAAAUUUUUUAUUUGGCGAAUGCUUUGUCAUUUCCUUCCCUUGAUGGAUGAGCUUCGUUAUCGACAUUUGGUCACAGAAGCUCCUUGUCUUGUAUGUUGUAUUUCUCCGGAGACUGCUUGUCAUUUGUUUUUUGAUUGUAGGGUGGCGAAGGAGCUUUGGCACAUGGCUGCCAUGGACACAAUUCCUUUGUUAUUUGCAUGAGAACAUUUUGUCCCAGCAUGGAGGCAUUUAUUUUUCUUCUCAAACUUGUCUCUGCAGGAAGUUGCUCGGGUUGUUUUCAUGUGCUGGCGGUUAUGGAAAUUAAGGUGCCUUGUUGUCCAUGAAAUUUUUUUAUUUCAGGUUCGUUCACUCUAUCGUCAAUUCAGUCACCAGGUAGAAGAGUGGGUUGCUGCCCCGAUUCCUUUUCUUUUGGGAGCGACAUCUGGUUCUUCUCAACCUACGCCAAGACCAGUGCCUUCCUUGUUACCACAGCCAGCUAUGCCAGGUGGUAUACUUCUCCAUUUUGAUGGUGUUUUCAGGCGGGGUGUUGGUGCGACUGUGGGUUUUGUUGGUUUUGCAGAUGGGAUGCAACUCCAAUUUUCAUUUGGACGUUAUAUUGUGGGUAUUGAGGAUAUCUUUGUGGUUGAACUGAUGGCACUCCGUGAGGCCUUGCAAUGGUGUUUAUUGCAUGGUUUAUUUUCAGUAAGUGUUUAUGGGGAUGCUCAGGUGGUUAUUCGUCGAGUGGUGGACCGGACUUCUUCGCACAUGCUUGGCGGAGCACUGUUAGAAGAGGUUUGGUUAUUACUAGAUUCUUUUUCUUAUAAGUUUAUCCCACGUAGACUGAACAAAAUUGCCCAUAUAGUAGCUCAAAAAGCGCUUACAUCGAGAAUCAACUUAUUGGUUGACUAUAGUAGUUGUGUUAUAUCUUGUUUGUGACUUGUCUCUAUUCUUUCCUGUUAUUUCAUCCUCGCUUUGUUUUGGGGUUUAUUGUAUUUUUCUUUAUUUGGAUGUCUACUCUGUAAACUCCCUGUAGACGUUCUUUCGGUUUGUGCUAUUGCAGUUUGUGUUUUUUCAUUUUGCAGGUGAAACUACUUACAGGAGUUUGGGAUUCUUCCGUGACCUUGCUUGUAUGGGGUUUUUGUUUGUUUGUGUGCCGACUUUGCAGGUGCAUCAUGGGGUGCUGCUGAUGGACAAGUGUUCCACUACGUCAUUGGUGUUUCGGCGUGGAUGCAUAUCCUCUUUGUGUUUAAGUGUUUUGGUAUGAUACUCUAAAUUGAGCUUUUGCAGGUGACGCGUCCAAUUUGCUUUUUGCAGCGGGUGGUCCUUUGUAUGAACAAGAAUUUUGGCAAAGUUGUUUUCCGUAGUUGUGAUUAUAGGUGCCAAUCAGGUGGGUUCGGGCGGGUUCGGGCUGGGUUCAAUCGGGUUUGGGUUCAAACGGGUUGCGGGUUAGUCGGGUUGCGGGUUUAUCGGGUUCGGGUUCAUCGGGUUCAGGUUCAAAUGGAUUGCGGGUUAGUCGGGUUCGGGUUCAAUCGGGUUGCGGGUUCAUCGGGUUUGGUUGCGGGCGGGUUGCGGGCGGUUUCGGGUUGUUCGGGUCAGCACAUCGGGUAACUUAUUCAUUACUCGUUACCAACUUACACAUUUUAUUACACUAAUUUAAAAUAUUUUUCUCAACUAUUAACCAAUUUAUUUCUACUUCGUAUAUAUAUGCUUACUUUUUUUGAAAAAAACUAAUCAAAAUGUUAAAUCAAU